UAAUUUCUAGGGAUCCUACCCUAGCGCCGCCGCCACUCUUCCUCGGGAUCUGUCUGAUCCUUCCACCCACCUUCUCCUCGAUUUCAGCCACCGGUCAGUCGCCUUCGAACCUACCCAACCGGCGCUCUCCUCUGGAUCCCCUCGAUCCUCCAACCGACGACAGAAACACCCGCAGGAGAGAGCCAGGGCCUCGAUCCCGUGCUCAUGCCCGAGCUUCUCCAACCUCUGCGUUGUCUCGCUCCUCUGCAUCGGCAGCCAGGCGCCCGAGGCCAUGCGCUCCUCCCCUUGCGCAACACCUCAUCACCGUCCGACAAGUUACCGGACUGGGACCCCUCGCCUGGCGCCACCAGCAGCUCCCCACUGCCCCGCUCCUUUCCCCUCCCCUCCUUUUCCCUCUCGGCUCUCUUCCUCUCGUGCCUCUCAACUCUGUUUUGUUCUCUGUACAGCAGCACCAUGCCAUGGUUGGAACUUGCAGCCGCCUCGCUGCCCGGAUCCACGUCGUUUCGAACCUCCCGUCGCCAACAUCACCCGUGGCCAGCCGCUGGAGUUCCAGGUGCAGGAGCAGCGGAAGCUCCACUAUGGCUGCCAAGGGCCUUCUCCUGCAACGAUCCGUCAAGUCCGCCGCCGGGAAUGUCCUCCACCACCUGGAUCCGCCAAGUCCAAGCCGCCUCGCCCGAUUCCAGCCGUCUUGCGCCGUCCCCGCCGCCGGCUACCUCCCCUGCCUCGCACUUGCUCAAGCAGGACGACCGCGCCUCUGCUUCCCCUACAACGAGCAGCAGCCGCUGCAUCGUCUCCCGUAUGCGUCCAUUGACCGCUUCAACCUUCCACGUGGGCCCCGCGUCGUCAGCCAGCUCCAAAGGCCCAGCCUGCUUCCCCUCCAGAUCUGCCCCAGCCGCCACCACCGACCUGGGCCUCAGCCCAUGGUGAGCCCCAGCGCCCAGCAGUUUCGGCCUGCUACUUUUUUUUUCCUGUUCUGUGAAUUUCCUAAUUUCCCGGGAAUUAACAGAUUUGCAGAAAAACCCUUGAACUUCAUGCAUAUAAUAACUUCACAACCGUGCAUCGGAUUAAAAUGAUUUAAACAUGUAAAAUGCUUAGAAUUUUGUGUAGUUUAAUAAUAUGCCACUUUCACCCAUGUUAAAAUUGUUUAAAAUGCUGUUUGAUUAAAUUUGCUCAAAUAACAUGUUAAAAUGAUUUAUUUCAUAACUAAAUAACCGUAGCUCGGAUUUUAUUAAACUUU